CUCAGUCCCUGCCUGGCUCAGUGGCAUAAUGGCAGGGCCAGUGAUAAAUAGACUCGUCCACGGCACCUGAAAAAAAAAGAAAAAAAGGGGGUCGGGGCCUCCGCUGCCUUGGAAACGGAAUUCCGUGCAUGCUCAUUGGCUGUCACGGCUAGGACACUGAAGAGGGCAGAUUUGUUGCGACUGUAUAAAGAGCGAGUGUUGCUCCGCACCGCGUCUCCAAAGAGGCAGAGCCGCUGUCCUGCUCUCCUCUCACAAACCUUUUCCGGGGGGGUUCUCCCAAUUCCCACAGCGCCUCAUCCAGUUCUUCUCUAAACUCGAUUGGAUCCUGAUUGGGAGGAGGAAGUGAGGCGGUCGGACUUGCGGGGCGACAGAGGACUGUUAAGACGUCAGCGGCUACGCUAGCAGCCAUGCCUGGAGUGCACCUGGACUUCCUCCUGGCCUCCGAGCCACCGGGGGCGCUGUGCGGCCCAGACAGCCCGUGUGCGGACGCUGGUCUGGAGGAGGCUAUCGGAGACCUCCUGGCCCGGGGGGAGCACGAGGAGGAGGAGGAGGAGCACGAGGAGGAGGAGCACGAGGAGGAGGUUGUGGUCGAGGUGGAGGAGGGAGGGGUGUGCGGCCUGGAGCUGAGACUGCGCUGCACGGUGGGGGAGAUCCACACCGACAUGCAAGCCUUCGGGAAGCGGGUUAACGCCAGGCUGGAGGAGGCCUCGGCGCGGGUGGCCCCGCUGGCCUCCGCCCUGGCCUGCCUCCAGGAGGAGAAUCUGAGGCUGAGGAUCCAGCAGGAGAGGCUGGCCCGGCAGGUGGAAGCCCUGUGCCUGGCCCUGGGUCUCCCUGAGCCCCACCCCGAGCCAGCGGCUCCUCCACCCCUCCACCAGGACGCCCCCUCCGGCGCCCCGCUCCACCCAGACCCCCGCCCCCGGGACACAGAAGGGACACCCAGAGGAGGAGAGCGGGGGCCGGAGCCCACGACGACCCCCGAGGCUCUUCGAGAGACGAAGGCCGUCGCCGUGCCCCACCCCCCCACCUUCGCCACUCGCCGCUCCUCCUCCACCUCCUCCCUGCUGGGACUCGUCUCCCGCAGCAACAGCCUGAUGGAGACAGAGCCAGUGAUGGUGUCAGAGCCGGUGUUCGCUUCGGUGCCGCUGGUGCAGGUGGCGUGUCAAGCCCCCGUCACCCCCAACGGAUCGUCCAGCUCCCGGCCCAGAGCUGAAGAACUCUCUGGAAAACUGACGGAAGAACAGCUGGCCGCCAUCGAGGACGAGGAGGUCCUGGACAGAAUGCUGGACGAGUCCAAAGACUUUGAGGAGAGGAAGAUGAUCCGAGCAGCCAUGAGGGAGCUACGCAAGAGGAAGAGAGAGGCCACGCUGGGCUGUACGCAGGAGGAAAUAGACCAGAGAGAGAAGGAGCGUGAGACUCGUCUGCAGGAACUGCGGCAGCACCGUGAGGAGCGCGCUCAGAAGGGCCGCGCUCCGGGGGCAGCAGGGGAGGUGGUGGUGAAGAAGGUGGAGAAGUCAGCUGACGGCUCCACCCUCAGCCAGCUCACCAAGACAGACCGCUUCGCCCAGUCCGAUGACGGCAGCCGCUCGAGCCGCAGCACCAUCAUGGAGGCCAGCUACCUGAAGAAGACAGACAAGGGGUCAGUUCAGUCCAAGUCCUACAGCUUCUCCUCCUCCUCCUCAUCCACUAAGAAAGUGGGCAGUGUGUUUGACCGUGAGGACGACGCCUCGCCUCGCGGCGGCGGCGGCGGCGGUCUGGCCGCCAUGGAGCGUCGUCAGGCGGAGAAGCGUAAGGAGCUGAUGAGGGCCCAGACGCUGCCCAAGACGUCUGCCAUGCAGGCUCGCCGGGCCAUGAUCGAGAAGCUGGAGAGUGGAGGCCCCGGGAAUCAAGCGGUCGCCAAGGUGAACAACGUCCAGCGUUCCACCAGCUUCGGCGUGCCCAACGCCAACUCCAUCAAGCAGAUGUUGCUGGACUGGUGCCGUGCCAAGACCCGCUCCUACGAGAACGUGGAGAUUCAGAACUUUUCUUCCUGUUGGAGCGACGGCAUGGCGUUCUGCGCUCUGGUGCACAACUUCUUCCCAGAGGCCUUCGACUACUCCGAACUGACGCCUAGCAACCGCAGGCACAACUUCGAGGUGGCCUUCAGCACGGCAGAGGCCUUCGCUAACUGCAUGCCCCUACUGGAGGUGGAGGACAUGAUGAUCAUGGGGAGAAAGCCAGACUCGAAGUGCGUCUUCACCUACGUGCAGUCCCUGGUCAACCACCUGCGCAGGCACGAGAUGAAAGUGGCCCGCUCCUUCUCCGACCUUUGACCUGGCCGCGCUGGGGUGAGGCUCACCCCAUGAUCCAAGAGCAGGGCCUCCACACCAUCGCACCCCUCUUGCUCACUCCCCCGAACCUAACACCCCCCUCCUCCCACCCCCAUCCCCCCCCUGCGUGUGUACGUAUCGUUAUGGCAUCGGUAUCUGUGUUGACUGGUGGCGUCAUUUCUGAUUCCCCUUCUCUGGGACACACUCCCCUCUUCUUCCAGAAAGAGAACACCAAAGUCUGUUCAUCAGAGCCCUACCGAUCUUUCUGAGCUUUGAUAAAUAUUUUAUACUGAAACUUCAGUUAUAAUCCAUUUAAGUGGAUAGGCAAUAUUACUCGUGUUUUGGAAGAUUCCCUCUUAAAAGCUUACAUUUGAUCAACUUUUGAAUUAUUUUUUUCUACGUUACCCAAGCUGUUGAUAGCAAUUGUGAAGCAAAAACGCUUUUCAUAAUGUUUUCACAUUAUGGCCGUUUUAACUCUGGUACUGUCAAAGGUUUCACCAAAACUGCAUGCUUUUUAAAACGUAUGUACUUGAAUUGUUUUAAAUAGUCCUUAUUUCGUUAUUGAUUUUGAUUAUUAUUUCUAUUUAAGUUUAACUCUUAAACACUGGGAUGUUGUUCUGCGUAGAAUUUACUUAACGUCCGUGUACGUAUAAAGGCCCGACGCUGAAUGGCUAAGCUAGCUAAAACACAGCGAGAAAGUCCGUGUUGUUCUUGUUCUGUCACCUGAAUAUACCCACGUGUCAUAAUAACCUAGCGACAGAGAAUCUCGAAGCCUCACAGUCUUGUCGCACGUGCCCCACCUCCACCACAGCCUGCACAACCAAGCACGUGUGUUUUAGAGUUCUUUAUUUAUGCUUGGGUCGCGUGUUAUUGAAAGGAUUCUUUAGUGGGUGUUAAGACCAUACUCUAUACGUUUGACGUUUUAAAGGUCAGCAAAUAAGUCUAGUGCUAAAUCAGUGAAUAAGUACACCUAGCCUCGUAGACUUCAGUCUUGUGCCCAAAUGAAAGCUGGCUUUCAGCUCAGUUUUACAAAAGGUAAACUUUAGAGUAUUGAUGAUUUAAGGCAGAAUAUACUUUCUUGAAUAUACUUAUACUGUAUAUUUUCUGAACUUUAGCAAAGGA